AUGAAUGAUAAGGAUAAUCUAGAGAUAGGUAUGUCCCAGGAGAAUGAUGAUUCUAAGGGAAAGAGAAGUAUAUUGAAGAUGGGAUUUAGUCAACCUAUUUUACCUGGGAAUGCGAGUGCAUGGAAUCAUGACCAGACAGAACCUAUUGCACAGACAUUCUCACAGCCCGAAAUAUUAUCUCAUUCUAACAACACAACAUCGAAAUUAAGUGUCGCUGGUCCCCAUUCUGCUAAAGUGAAUCGGAGGGUUUCUUUUGCUCCAGAUGUAACCUUACAUAGAUUUGAAUCCGUUCCACAACGAGAUCUCAACAAAUAUGAUGCUAUUACAAAUGAUACUUCCAUAAUGGAAUUUACUCAACCAAUCCCAAUUCAUAAUUUGAAUAAAGACACCGACUUAUCAAAUGAGAUGGAUGAAUCGUUAGACAUGACAGAAAUACACAAUAAAGAUGAUUCAAUGAAUGAGGCUGAAGAAUCCAUGGAACUUACAAUGAGACAGGAACAAUUAACACCCAUUAUGGUUGCAAUGGAUCCUGUCAAGGAUGAUAUUCCUAAAGUGAAUCUUAACACGAGGAAAAAUUCCCAAACCCAAGACUCUGAAGAUAAUAGUGAAAUUGGUGAGGAACCAAUGGAAUUAACUGAAGUCGUCAAUUUUAAUGAUCAUACUGAUUUAAGCCAAUUGGAUAAAUCUACAACCGAAGAUGAUAGCAUCGCUAAUUACACCGGUACUCAAGGUUCACAACCGAUGGACUUAACCCAAAUUUCAUCUGGCACUUCCAGUAAAGUUACAGAAUCACAACCAAUGGAUUUCACUCAGAUACAAAAUAGUAAAAAUAAUGAAAAUAUAGAAUCACAACAGAUGGAAUUCACACAAAUUACCAAGGCAAAUACAAAACAACCUGAAAUAAACACCAAUAGGAAAACAAUGCCAUCUGCUCUUUCAAAACUGCCAAGCACGUUGGACGGUGAUCUGAACUCGUCGAAUGAAAAAAAUCUUCAAGGGGGUCAAAUCACCACACCUCUACAUACUACACCUUAUAGUAAUGUGGAUGACAAUAUAGACAUAGCUAAAGAAAGUCAUGUUAGUCAACAGACCUCUGAAUCUAGGAUACCUCCUCCAAGUAGUAUUCCAAGAAUAAUUAGAAAAAGAAAAAAUCUAGAAGAUCCAAUAACUCCUGUAAUUAAUGUUCAAGACGUAUCUGCCAAGAAAAGACCUCACACAGAAAACACUGAAUCAAACAUUGAAGAAAUGGAAAAAAUGUCACCAAUAAAGAUACCAGAAUUUAAUGAAACAGAAAAACAGACCACAAAUAAGAUAUCGGAUUAUUCUCUAAAAGAAUUUAUUAAGGAUACCGAUGUAGGAUUUCUAACAGAUAUAAACAUUCUAAGACAGGAUGUAAAAUCAAUAGCAUUUCCAUUAAUUACCCAAACGGAAGAUUCGAUAUUCAAGGCCCAGAGCUUAUACAAUGCUCUAUACAAUGAUAUACCCAUGGUCCAAAUGAACACUUUUAUCAUAAAAGAGCUACUGUCCAUUAGUUCUCAAUCAUCAAAAUCUUUCGAAAAUCUUGAUAAACAAAUCAUGGACUCUUCCAAUCCUCCUUUAUUGUUACUUGAUUAUUUUAAUUCCGACGACAAAACAAAGGAAAAGAUGAAAGAACAACUUCAAUUAAUUAAAUAUUUUGCAAAAUUGCAUGCUAAGAAAUCAUUCAAUGAAUGGUAUUUAUCACAAUUAAAAAAUCUGAAGAGUGUACUUAUUGAAAAUGAAACAUUUUUAGAGCAAGAAUAUCAAAAAAUUAAAAGUUCACUCGAAGACAUUAAAUUGAUUCAUGUAAAUGUUGGAAAUAUAAAAAAAUUACUAAAGGCAGAAUUACAGGCUAUUGAAACAUCUUCAAAAACAGACCAAAUAGGUGAAUAUAGUUUAUCGCAAAAGAUACGAUUAACUUGGUUGAAGCAAGAACUUCAGAAGAAUAAAUUAUCGAUUGAACAAUAUCCGAAAUUAUGUGAACAGGAAAAGACCUUAGCUAAUUUAAUUAUUGAAAAUCAAACUAAAUUAAAAAACCUGAAAGCUCAGAUUACUUCGAAAACAGAUGGAAUAAUAGAUGGAAAGGAAAUCGAACCACAACUCAAUGAAUCCCAAAAUAUGCUUUACGCGUUGGAAAAUUUAACUGGAAUAAAAGUUGCAAGUUUCAAAAAUUCUACGCUAUCCUUGAAAUUCCAAGAUAUUCCAAACGGGAUGAUAACUGUAAACUUAGAUGCAAAAGAAAAAAACGUCUUCGUUAUAGAUUCAAAAGUUAGAUCAAAUAAGUUACUUCCUUUUGUUACUGAUUUACUAUUAAAAGAAAAUGAAUCUACAACUAACUUGAAAACCCUUGAUAAAAUUUGCCACAUAAUAAUAAAUUUAAGGAAGAUGACAAAAGUAUUCCAAGAAUUUGAAUAUCUUGACUCGUUAUUCCUUACGAAAAUCACCAAGGACGGUAUAAUUCAGUUCUUUGACUAUAAUACUUCAUUCAAUGAUGAAAUAAAGUUCGAAAUUCAUGUAGGUGCAUUUGUGGAAGUUGUGAUGUCUAAUAAUAGUAAAGUUACACUUACCGCACAUACAGUCAAGGGAGACGGACUAGAAGUACCGGAUAUUAUGGCUCGUCUUACCUCCAAAACAAACAAGAUAUUGCCUUGGUUCAAUGAAGAUCGCAUAAAUAUCAUUGUAAAAUAG